UACAUCAGGGCUAGUGGUGGCAUCCUACACAGAGCAAGGGAAGAAAAGACUUCAUUACCUGAGUGCAUAUCACUGUUGAACACUGUUGACAAGCACCCGUACGCAUAUUACUCUGGCAGUUUUCAGUUUGGGGCUUAGCUCUUUCUCACCUGUAUGCAGCAGGUAUCAUUUGGCUUUUUUUUCUUGGUGGAGACUGAGGUGUUUUCCACAGCAUAUUGUGGAUGAAGAUUCACUCUUUGGUUUCUUCAUGGCAAGAGGACUCAACAAUGUGUGCCUAGCAUGGCUGUGGCUCCUGCACCGACCACCCAGGGACCGGUAUGGCUUUUAGCCGCAUCAGUAAACUGGACCCCCCAUCCCGAGGCAUCUUUAGGAAAGCGGCGGUCAUGCUUUGCUCCCUCCUCACCUCUCUGUUCCUCCUGCACUGCCUCGCCGACCGCAGCAGCACCACCUCGCCCUCACCGGUCAAAGCCGCCUCCGGCCGGGCUGCUGGGCUUUUCGAGGACUUGAGGUCGUUGCGGACCAAGAGACUGGUGUACGAAUGGACCGCCGGCUCUGAGCUGAUGGGCUACGGGGCCGUCCGGCGCUCCUCGCUGGUCCUCGCGGAUGAGCGCGCGAGCCAGGUUUUGGAGCUGCCCGAGGAGUCUUACAUCUUGCCGCCUCCGGAUUUAGUUGCUUCCAGGAAAGUAUCGCCGAGGUUCGCAGGUAAACUCAGUCCGCUCGGGGAGGGGAGCAAGAAGCUGCCCCAGGCUCUCAUCAUCGGGGUGAAGAAAGGAGGGACCCGGGCUCUGCUGGAGUUUCUCCGGGUUCAUCCAGAUAUCAGAGCAGUGGGAGCGGAGCCGCACUUCUUCGACCGCAACUAUGAGAACGGACUGGAGUGGUACAGGGAGCUGAUGCCCAAGACCCUGGAGGGCCAGAUCACCAUGGAGAAAACGCCCAGCUACUUUGUGACCAGAGAGGCUCCAGCCCGGAUCUCCGCCAUGUCCCGGGACACCAAGCUGAUCGUGGUAGUGAGGGACCCCGUCACCAGGGCUAUCUCAGACUACACACAGACUCUGUCUAAGAAGCCUGACAUUCCCUCUUUCGAGAGCCUCACCUUCAAAAACAGGACUACGGGGCUCAUCGACACCUCGUGGAGCGCCAUCCAGAUCGGUAUCUACGCCAAGCACCUGGACAACUGGCUGCAGUACUUCCCCAUGGAGCAGAUCCUGUUUGUGAGCGGCGAGCGCCUGAUCAGCGACCCGGCCGGAGAGCUGGGCCGCGUGCAGGACUUCCUGGGGCUCAAGAGGAUCAUCACAGACAAACACUUUUACUUCAACCAGACCAAGGGUUUCCCGUGCCUCAAGAAGGCGGAGGGCAGCAGCAAGCCCCACUGCCUGGGCAAAACCAAAGGGAGGACCCAUCCGAACAUUGACCCUGAGGUGGUGCAGAGGCUACGGGACUUCUACAGGCCCUUCAACAUGAAGUUCUACCAGAUGACAGGACGGUUUUUUGGCUGGGAUGACUGAAUGUGUUACCUGUGACACUGAGGACUGUGGGAAAUACUACGAUGGACUAUUAGAGCCACUCUAGGAGGAAAAAAGAUUUUGAGAGUAAAGUAGAAAUAUUUCAAGAAAAAAGUAAUAAUGUUACAAGAAAUAAGGCUAAGAUUAAAAAAAAAAUUGAAUUUUAGUUGAAAACUAUUUUGUGAAUAUCCUAGUACAGUGCAGUUAAAACAAUAUAUGUGUAUAACAGUCAGGCAAAACUAAAACAUGCAAAUUUAAUCUAAUGUAGUUUAAUCAAAUUAUAACAUUUUGGUUGUUAUUGUCUCAAAAGCUUUUUUGUAAGAAAUAUUAUAACUGUUGUUUUCUCAUAGAUUCAUAAUUCUAUUAUUUUAAUAUUUUGUAACAUUGUGUCUUUAUUCUGGUAAAAC